CCCUACUCCAGCUGAUCCCCUUCUGUCGUCGGAUCAGUGUUGUUGUGUAUAGUUUCUAUCCUUGGUUUCUUUUUAAUAUAAGUGUAAUAUAACUUAACUUCGGGGAAAUUUAUAGUAUUUUGCUACCAGUGUUAUAAUUAUAGAUCAGAUAAAGUUUUCCAUUAUUGUUUUAUGAGUGGUGAAAUUAUCAUCUCGACGACCAGUGUCUAACCUAUGCAUCAUAUUGAUUUGUAUGGUGGAAGUAAGAUUAAGUUCUUGGACUUCUCCAGUGUACGAGAAACUUGAGUUGACUGGGAGCGUGAGGACUGUCGCCCAGCGUGUGCCCGCCAUGUAAUAUGAGAUCCACCCUGGUGCGAGGCAGCGAGCCCUCAUAUCGCCUGCAGGUCGGAGCCUCCGUCACCCGCUACCAGUCGUGUACCGUGGACCCGCGGCCCGCCAGAGUAGUUCACUGUCCUGAUCUCAACGCUUGCCUUGUUAACGAGGGUCGCGAUCUGCCCGUCCAUUGCAAUGCCGUCCACUACGGCUACGCUAUCCCGGUGAACGUGGUGCCGGUCCCGCAGGCCCCCGAGCUCGCCGAGUUAGUGUUGGACACGGAGCGCGACCUAACCCCCGAGACUGUCUCCUAUCUGCUGCACCACCAUCCCCAGCUGCGAGAGAUGGCGACCACCGCCAACCCGCGGGCCGGCCACCUCUCCGAGCCCGAGGAGGACAUCGCCGCGAUUGCCAAGCAGAUCUCGGACCACGCUGAAGCCAUCUACCAGACCUGGAAGUCCCGGGGACUGGCACCCACAGAGAUUCUGAACUGUCACACCAACUCCACCGCUGCCGACAAGUUCGGUUCGGCUCUGACCCCACAGAGGGAACAAAGUUCGUCGUCUCCGGUCGUGGACCUGCUGUCGACACCCUCGUCACUGAACACCAACAACCUGGAGCAACUCGUCAACAACUUCGUCGUAGAGGACAAGGCGCGAAUCGCUCGCCAGAAGACUAAUCCCACGCAAAAACCUAUUCCGUCUUCUAUACAAUUCGCACUUCAGAAGUUCGAAAAGAAAGCGGCGGAACCAGUAAAAGUAGCGCCUAAACAAACGAAUCAAAGACAGAGCGAUCCUAUUUUGAGAAACUAUAGUAACAGCACGCCAAAACCUUUCCAGCCAAAGCCGUCGAACGUGUCCCCAUACAUUAUGGACACGAUAGAGACGACGUUCCCCGAAGACAUAGAGAAAAGUAAAACGACCAAAACCGAAGAGGGCGGUUCCGGUAUGACGACGUGGCCGUUGAAAAAUAAAACUGUCGGUGACACGAUAAAGAAACUCGGAGGAAAUCUAGACCCGAAGACUGAAAACAAAUACUCCACGAUGCCGAAGACAACGGGGACAGAGUAUCUAGACGAAGUCGCCAAGGAAGAAGAGCGUUUGAUUAACGCACUUAAAACGGGAAUAAUCAUCGCGGAAGAUCCGAACAGCAAGAGGAACGCCGGGAAGAAGACCACAGGGUUGUUGCAAAAGAAGGUCCUGAAAGAUAAACCGAAGGAGGUGGUGAGCAACGCCGACGUGGUGGACUACGCGCGAAUAUCGGACAAGAAGGCGGAGUUGAAGCAAGUGCUGAACAAAGUGAACGUGUUGAGUAAAGUGGAAGCGUUCAGCAAGGCCGAGGCACAGCAGCAACAGCAGCCGGUGGUGGUGCGGAGGUCUCCGGCAGUACGGGCGCCCAGCGGGUCCGUGCCGCACCCCGAACUGAGGACCGGUGCAGCGAGAGUCACCAACCCCGUGCGACCGUUCUUGACCCGAGGCUCUGUCGCCGAGCGUGUACUGAUCUUCGAGAAGUGUCCUACCGAACUCAUCCUAGAGAAACGUGGCAAGGGCAACGCCGUCAACUCGUGGCGGAACACCUCUGUCGAUGUCCAAGCGAAGGCACAGAACUACUCUAGAGACUCUCUGUCCAGCACCAAGAGUGGUCCUCCUCCACACACCACUCUACAAAGACAUGCCAAAGCCAACCGUAGUCUGCUUAUACCAAGGUUCCACUACCCGCAAGGCAAGCCUGGGGACCAGUCACAGCUGGAGAUGACGAUUGUCAACCUCCGGCAAGUGUUCCUGGGUCUGCCCAACCAACAGGCAACCAGGGAGCAGUUUGCUGCAGUCACCAAGGCUGCUGGGUGCCCAUUGUACUGGAAAGCUCCUCUGUUCAUUGCCUGUGGCGGUGAGAAGCUUGGCUAUGUGGAGCUCAAUACAAUAGUAGAAUACUGGCGCACCCUCUGCAGCACGUGUCAUGACGCUGCAUCCCGCUUCCUGCGCAUAGCUACGAGAAGUAGCAACCGUAACUACUUGCUGCCGGAGGAUUUCAUGGCCCUGGUGCAGGAUGUGGUGGACACUCACCCUGGCCUUACUUUCCUCAAAGAAGCCCAAGAGUUCCAUUCCCGCUACGUACAUACGGUAAUAUCCCGGAUCUACUAUUGUGUGAACCAAUCAUGGAGCGGACAGAUUACGCUACCAGAGCUCAGGCGGUCAGACCUACUCAGGGUAGUUGACACUCUGGAGGUGGAGGACGACAUCAACCAGGUGACGCAGUACUUCAGCUAUGAGCACUUUUAUGUUAUCUACUGCAAGUUCUGGGAGCUGGACCGUGACCACGAUCUGUUCAUAGACAAGAACGACUUGGCACGUCACAGCGACCACGAAUUCAAAGAGUUUGUGCGCAGGGCGACUGCUACUACAGCUAAACGUGUUUUGACAUCUCUGUCGACUCGGCUUAUUGACCGCAUCUUCUCGGGGACAGUGACCCGCGGCAAGACUGUCUCACAGCUCAAUGGCUCACCAGAUGCCAAGAUGAGCUACACCGAGUUUGUGUGGUUCCUGCUAGCGGAGGAGGACAAACAACAUCCUCGGGCCAUCGAGUAUUGGUUCCGAUGCAUGGACUUGGAUGGAGAUGGUUACCUCUCCAUGUACGAGUUAGAGUACUUCUAUGACGAACAGCUGCAGAGAAUGGAAGCAAUUGGUAUUGAAUGUCUGCCGUUUGAAGACUGUUUAUGUCAGAUGCUGGACAUGAUUCGCCCUCAGAUACCUGACAAGAUCUCGUUGGCUGAUCUAAAACGAUGCAAGAUGACCCCAAUAUUUUUUGACACAUUCUUCAAUCUAGAAAAGUACCUGGACCACGAACAGAGAGAUCCAUUUGCCUCUCAGAGAGACCACGACACCGAGGAAAAUGAUAAUGAACAGAUGUCUGACUGGGACCGUUACGCAGCCGAGGAGUACGAGUUGCUGGUGGCCGAGGAGGGAGGCAAUGACAAUCACGACGACUUAGGAGUGGAUGAAGAGAUAUAAGACACAUGCCUACGAAGAUAUCCUGAGUCCGAACCUGGACAAGAUCUUGCCUGCGGAAGUGUCUGACGACAGCAGCUCUGACUAUGCGGCAGACAGCGAUGACUGCUCCUUGUAGUCCCGGCGCGCAUGGUGGCGGCCUCGCUCCCUCUGGCGACUCUUCCUACGCAAGAAGAAACGGCAGCAGGCGCCACCUCCUCACAGUUGAAUACCACACUCUUACAAUGGCAACUGCAGAUACUAUACAUAACAAAACAAUUGCCUCAGUAGUGAUUCCUAUUUCGUAUUUGAAUUUGUUUUGGUUAAAUGAUUGGUAAAAAUAUUUACUGUAUGUAUUUUUUGAGCACAUUUAUUGUUAUAAAAAAUUGUAAUCUUGUUUAGAGUGGUGUAUGCGAUUCUAGAAAGUACCAGGCCAGACAUUCUAGAACUACGUUCUCUUUUGAUAACAGCAACAUCUUGUAUUUAUUCAGCCAUCAUUAAAUAUAAAAUUGAUCAUAAAAAUUAAAUAUACACAAAAUUAUAAUCAUUAAUCUUUUGGCGUGUUACAUUUGCUGUAAUAUUCAUAAGGGAUCCAGAAAUGGAGAAAAUGUAUACUUUGGCCAUGUAUCCAGAUAAAAUGACCACGUUUUUAUACUAAGACAGAAGUCAUAUCCUGUUUAUACUUCAAUUCAUGUUCUUUAACGAAUUAAGUGAUGUUUCUUAUGUAAUGGCAUGUCUACACUCAGCAGCCUACCACAUUGGCAUUAUAAAUGUCAAAGUGCCCACACAGUAAACAAAAUAUAACUGUUAUCUAAUUUCCUGCCACAGCGUGUAGACGUGUGCUAUUGUUGAGAACCUACCAGUGCAGUACUAUUUUGAGUGUUUCCAGUAAGUCCAAUCUGUGUUACUGUGUUAAAUGUUUUCAUGUUUUUGUCUUCUAUUCAGCAUUUUUGCAUAUUUUUUCUGGGGUUAAUAGGAGAAACUCAUGUUUCUUUUGAAAUUAUUUUUUUAAGUUGCAAUGUGCAUGUGUCACUUAAAUCGGUUCACUAGUUGUGGACAUUUGAGUUCCGUUUUGUGAUCAAAUUAUGCAGAGUUCAGAAUUUCUGUGCCAAUUAUAAAUUUCAGACUUUAGCUCAUUGGCUUCAUGGAGUUGACUUUUUAAAAUUCUCUGAAUCUAAUAUCUAAAAUGAAAUAGAUAAUUAUAUGCCUGAUAUUCUUUUAUUAAAUGCAAUUUUUUAGUCGUUAGAACAAUUUUUAAAAAGAUUACUCUAACUGCAAGCAUUGAACAGAUCAGUCACCCUUGUUGUGUCGUUUUUACUAGUUGUGAUAACUUUAAAAAUCAGAGUACAUGCUGUAAAUUCUAGAGAUGAUUUUGCUUAGUUUUGGUCUGGUCUGGUAAUCUUUAGACUUUUUAAGAAACUACUAUAUUUUACUCCACAAAUAUGUUGUCAUCCGUUUUAAAUAAUAUUUAUUACGUCCAUAAUAUUUAUUAAGCCUGUGGACAUCAUAAUUACUGUUGAAUUUGUUUUGUAUUUGAAACAUUUUUGUGUGGUUAUUCAAAGAAAGUGAAAGAUUGGUUGUGGAACUCAAGUAUGACAGUGACAGUGAUGACCGAUGAUGUAGCGAUGUAGCGAAGAGGUGUUACUUGCACAGUGAAUAAACAUUUUUUGUGGCUAAGGCUGAAGUACUCACAUCUAGUGUUUUUACUAAUGGACGAACUCACUGUAUAGUGUUUCUUCUAACCCAAAGAUUUGUAAAGUUAGGUGAUAGCAUUGGUUGUACUCCAUCACUAUUGACAGUAUUUUAGAUAUAUCUAUAAUAAUUUAUUUCUUAUUAGGAGAUUGGUUUGCGAAAGCUUUAAUUAUAUUUUGUUUUAUGCAUAUUUUUGUGCAACUAAUUGAAAUGAUUUUUUUACUUUUUGUAUAGUGUGUUAUUGAUUGGUGAUAAAGUAAACUUUAAGUAGUUUAAACAUUUUGUUAACUUUAUGAUUUGAAAAAUCUAUUUGUCAUGAGAGUAAUAUAUUUUGCUAUUUCUUGAAAAA